UUUAGUCGAAAAUAAAAUAUAUAUAGUAAAAUAUAUUUUUUUAAAUAAAUAUAUAUUUUCAUUUUGAUAUAAAAUAUUUUCAAACUUUUUCUAUUAAUUUUUUCAAAUUUAGUUCUUAUUUAUACAAAAUUAUAAUCGCUUAAAUAUUUGUGACAAUUUUUUUUAUAAAGGUUAUUUUUUUUUUUUUAUUGACAGUUGAUUUGUCAACAAUAAGAAUAAUAAUAAAUAAUAAUAAUAAUAAUAAUCAAUUCAAUAACAAACAGUGACUACGGAAAAUGAUUAUUCACAACAGAUAUUUAAAUUAGAUUUCAUUGUUUAGAAACAAAAAAAAAAAAAAAACGAGAAAAGUUUAGUUAUGUAGUAUAUUAAAAGUUCAUAAUUUUUAGUGAAUAGUGAAGGAAAAAAAAAUCAAAAUUUCCUCCCUUAAAAGUAGAAAAAAGGCGAUUAAAAUAAUGGAAGAAACAGCAAAAAAUCAGAUUGGAAAAUUUAUUCACGAUUUGAAAGAAGCAACAUUAUCGCAAAAUAUUUAUGAUGAUAGUAAUAUUCUUCUUAUAACAGAAAUUCUCGAUUCUUUGGUUAACAUUAGCAAAAUUGAUACAAUAGAAAGUGUAGAAUUUAUAAAUGAUCAAAUAUUUCUGAAAUUAUUAACAAUAAAUUCGGAAACAAUUGCAACAAAGACUGCAAAAACAAUAGCUGAAAUCGCAAAGACUGAAUGUGGAAGGGAAAAAUGCACAAGGGAAGAUUUAGUGAGAACGCUGAUUGAAUUAUUACAAUCGCAAAAAUUGGAAAUUCUAAUUCAAGCCUCGAGGGCACUUGGAAAUAUUUGUUAUGAAAAUGCUAAAGGCAAAGCAUUAAUUCGUGAGAAGGAGGGAUUGAAACAUAUUUUGAAAGUUGUUGAAAAAGGUAUCGAAUUCGGUGACAAAGAGGGCGCCGAUUUUUUAAGAAAUGUUGCCGCUGGAUUUUUGUUAAAUUUUCUCGUGGACCAAAAUAGUAUCGAUAAAGAGGUGAUAAAAAAAGAGGUGGUUACGGUAAUUUGUAAAAUUUUGGAAAUUGAUGGCGUUGCAACACGUGAAGCGGCAAUGCAAGCGCUUUUAAUUUUGGGAGUAUUAAACGAUUACGAUAUUCAAUUUCUCAAUGAGAGGCUCGCAAAUAUUUUAGUUGAAAUUCUCAAAAGUGACAAUUCUUCUGAAUUUUCAGAAAUGUGCUUAGAAGUUCUUCACGGUCAGGCCGAUGACGAGAAUGCAAAAUUGCUUUUGGCUAAGGUUGGAGUUUGUGAAUUACUUCUUAAAUUAUUGGAAAAACAUGGCCCACGUUGUACAGAUGAGGAAACAAGAUCAGUAUUGAAAAUCGCUUGCAAUUUAAUUGUUUUAAUUUUAACUGGAGAUGAAAGUAUGAAUCUACUAUACAAAAAUAGUGAGGGUUUUGUUUAUAAAAAAUUGGUGGAAUGGUUGGAAAAUUUAGAUGAAGAUCUUCAAGUAACAGCAGUAUUGGCAAUGGGAAAUUUUGCACGCGCCGAUAAACAUUGUGAAUUAAUGGUAGCUGAGGGUGUUGAUAAAAAAUUAUUAAAAUUAAUUAUGAAUAAUAAUAGCGAUAAAUGUGGUGAUAUUCGUUUUCAACAUGAUCUUCUUAGUGCAAUGAGAAAUUUAGUUAUUUCACCAAAAAAUAAAUCACAAGUACUUGCCGAUGGAUUAAUUCAAGCUCUUAUGCCAAUGCUUGAUAUUCCAACGUUUCCAGUUGUUUUUAAAUUACUUGGAACAUUACGAAUUGUCAUUGGUGGACAACAGGAGGCAGCGAUAUUGUUGGGAAAAAAUUCAAGACUAAUUGAAAAAGCUGUCGAAUGGUCGGGAACUGAGGAUCAUCCUGGCGUUCAUGGAGAGGCAAAUCGUUUAUUGGCUUGGUUAAUAAUUAAUAGCAGAGACAAGGAUGUUGUAUUGACAGUGAUAAAUAAUGACGGUGUGAAAAGAUUAGUGAAAAUGCUUAAUUCAAAGCAUCAAUUAAUGCAAAAUGAAGCACUAUUGAGUUUAAAUAUUCUCACAGCUAUUUGUCUCUAUGAAUCGGAAAAAUUUCUCAUCGAUUCAAAAAUUGGUCUUGGAUUAUUUCGAUUUAUUAAAGAGAGCGCACCGACUGUUGAGCCGCCAAUUAUUUACAAUUCUUUCUCACUUAUGUUAAAUCUCGUCAAAUCAAAAAAUUUAAAGGAGCAUUUAAUGGAAUCUCAACUACCAGAAUUGUGGAAGGAAUUGAUAAAAUCCCGUGAGUCAGAUUUGGAAAUUCCAAAAGAUAAAAUGAAAAUUCUUUGUGUUGAACUAAAUAUUCCUCUUGACUGAAAAGAAAAAAGAAAAAAAAAAAAACAAAAAAAAAACAAUUUCUUCCUAAAAAUAAUAAUAAUUGUGACUGCCUCUUGAAUGCCAUGGAAAAAAAACACGCACUGAAAUAUUCCAUUUCAGCGUUGGAAAUUGCUGAAAAGUUUACAUUACAAUAUAUAUUAUAUAUUUUAGAUACAAAAAUGCGCGUAUACAAUAUUUUGUUUUCCGUGUUUGGAGAUUUAUCUCUCUUACUAUAUACAUAUAUAUAUAUAUAAUUAUUAUUGUUCUCUAUUGAAUGGAAUUAAUAAUAUAACCAAUUCUAAAUCUUCUGAGAUGUUUACAACAUAUAAUUAUAAUAAUAAUAAUAUUUGUCAACAGAUUGAAAAAAAAAAUAUUUAUUUAUUGAAAAUAAAUUUUUGCUGAAUGUAA